AUGUCGGUCAAGAAUACUUUUCAAGGAACAACCGACAAUGGCUGCAUCACCGGGUUAAAAUUCACCAUCGGCAAAUUGCAGGGAAAAUACACCGCUCUUGGUAGCAUCACUCCAAGCUACCUCAACGGCACCUCCAUCACGUAUGGCCGCGCCUCCAACAUCACCGAAGUAAAAACCCACGAUUUGGCGCUCAUAGACAACGAGAAGAUCCUCUCGAUCACGGUCUACAUGGCGAUCGGGCAAAACCACGUCUGCGGCCUUCUCAUCCGAACGACGGAAAAGCGCAAGUUCGGUCCUUACGGAGUCAUUUCGAAACGCGCACCGGAAAUCAAAUCACCCUUUUCCUGCGGUUAUUAUCUCGCCUCCCUGUCCGGCAGUUUCGGCGACGUAAUCCACUCGCUUUCGGGCGAGUACACUUCCGCUUUCAAAUCGCCCGAUUGCAGCCCAACCGUCUCGCCCACUUCGACCAUUUCCUCGAGGACCAGCGCCGGAAGUGGCUACCACUCAGAAGACUCUCUUUCUCUCAACAGAUCGAUGAGCUCCUCCGACCUCGAAAACCGACUCAAGAAAUCCUUCCACAAGCCUGCCACUGCUUCCUCCCGUUCUUCCUCAAUCAAAGUUCUUCAUAAACCUCCUCCACCACCAAGAAUGGAUCUUCGAGAAAUGAAGCUCGGCCAGCCAAGCAUUCUCACCACCCGAAAUUCCUUCCGCGGCAGUCUCAUGACCAACCGACCCAUUCUUGGAACGUCGAGAAAACCGAUGGCAACGACCAAUGUUUAA